AUGUCGUCUGCUGCACCGUCCAAACCCCUCUUUCUUGGCCUUGACCUGUCAACGCAACAGCUGAAGGCCGUCUUGCUUGACGAGGAGUCGAAUGUUGUACACGAAGCUGCGGUGCACUUCGAUCGCGAUUUACCUCACCAUGGAACGACGAAUGGCGCGAUACUGGGGCCUGACGAUGGGGAAGUGACAUCGCCUGUGAAGAUGUGGCUCGAAGCAAUCGAUCUUCUGUGUGAAAGGCUCAGUGAGGGAAAGAUUGACUUUGGAGCUAUUGCUGCUGUUUCUGGAGCUGGCCAGCAACAUGGAUCUGUUUUUUGGUCAUCUGAUUCAGAUAGUCUGCUGGCUAGCUUGGAUUCAAGUAAAUCAUUGACCGAGCAACUUUUCCCUGCUGCGUUUGCGUCACCUAAAGCCCCUAUUUGGCAAGAUUCAUCGACCACCGUAGACUGCAAACGGUUAGAAGAUGAAUUUGGAGGGGCUCAAGCUGUAGCGGACGUUUCAGGGAGCCGUGCAUAUGAAAGGUUUACCGGUAACCAGAUCUCGAGAAUUCGGCGAUUGAAGCCAGACGUAUACGAAGCCUCAACACAUAUCUCGUUGGUGUCUUCUUUCAUAACUUCUGUCUUUCUGGGUCGUAUCGCUCCGAUCGAUAUAUCCGACGCGAGUGGUAUGAACCUGAUGGACGUCUUGAGUUGCAAAUGGGACCAAAGGCUGCUCGAGAUCUGCGGCGGGCCUACGUUGCGCGCUAAACUAGGGGAAGAACCUGUCAUUGGCGGCACUUCGCUGGGUCCCGUUAGUAGUUGGUGGGUAAAGAAAUGGGGCUUCAACCCAGAGUGCAUUGUUGCACCAUUCACCGGUGAUAAUCCUGCUACUGUCAUGUCGCUUUCAGCACCUGGAGACGCUUUGCUUUCACUCGGUACAUCGACGACGUUUUUGCUCUCUAUUCCUCAUACGUCGGCUCCUCCGAAACGCUUCACGACUUCUCAUCUUCUCGCCCACCCCACCGAUUUCGACGGUAAAAUAGCGAUGCUGUGCUACAAAAACGGUGCUCUGGCCCGUGAACAAAUCAGGGAUAGAUUCGCAAACGGUGACUGGGACAAGUUUAACCAACUUAUCCAACAGACACCACCUGGAUGCAAUGGAAAUUUAGGCUUCUACUUCCCUCUACCCGAAAUCAUCCCCCCGAAUGUCACUGGCGAAUUCUUCUUCACUACGGAUUUGGUCAAGACGACUGUGAAGCCGCCGUUGCCCACUGAAAAUGUGCCGCCUACAAUCCACCCAAGAGCUAUUGUUGAGUCGCAGUUUUUGUCGAUCAGGUCGAGGAUAGCGGCUAUGCUCCCCAAGGACUCGCCACACUUGAAGAGGCUUGUUAUCAGUGGUGGUUCCUCGCAGAAUCUUGUUAUCAGACAGCUGCUAGCUGAUAUCUUUGAUAUGGACGUGUAUGUCUCUGCCACAAAAGAGGCGGCUGCUUCUGGUGGUGCGCUCCUCGCCAAGUAUGCCUGGUGGAAGCGCUCCCACCCUGAGGGAACCUUUGAGGAUAUGACGGCCGGUGAAGCCAUGGGGUUGCAAUGUGUCGCGAAUCCAAACAAAGAAAUAUCUGCCGUAUACAAUGACCUUGUCAGUGUAUACGAUGCCUGCGAAGCCCAGGUCGUUGAUUCAUGGGCGGCUAAAAAUUAA